CUUCCAUCACUUAGGACAGAAGAUGGCGAACGUGACGAUGGCUAUGGAGCAAAUGCUCCCAGAGUUUAAAGAUUAUGAGAAGAAGAAUUUAUUCACAAAACUCGAGAUAAAGAGUAUAGCAGCAAAGCGCAAGAAUUUUGAAACCUCAUUAGGCAGAAAGACACCUUCACAAAGUGACUACCUUAAAUAUAUAGAAUACGAGAUCACUUUGGAGAAUCUGAAGAGAAAGCGCAUGUCUAGACUAAAGGUAGCACUCACACCUUCACCUGCACUUUAUGGUAUCCAAAAGCGCAUUCUCAGCCUUUUCGACAAAGCAACGAGGAAGUUCAGAGGUGAUAUAAGCUUAUGGGUUAAAUAUAUAGAAUAUCUCAAAAAGAUAGGCGCAAACAAGCUCCUCACAAGAACAUUCUCUACUGUCAUCAACUUACAUCCAUCAAAUCCUCAGCUUUACAUUCUUGCUGCCUCAUGGGAACUUCACAACAACGUUAGCGCGCAUAGUGCAAGAACUUUAUUACAAAGAGGUUUAAGACUCAAUACUACUGAUCUAGACUUAUGGUUGGCGUACGCAAGAAUGGAAUUGGUGUUUGCUGAGAGAGUCAGAAGGCGUUUAGAAUUUGAUCAACAAUUCCAGGAAAACGAAGAGAAAGAUAGCGAUGAUGGCGUCGAAAGGCAACUCGAUCCAGAAGGAGAACUCAAUUCAAACAAAAACUUGAAUAUUAGAGCACCAGACUCAGAUAAGAAGGUCAUGGAUGGCGCUAUCAUCGAAGCCAUCAUCGAUAACGCUAGAUCAUCACUAAAAGUUCAAUCACAACUCCCAUUUUUUUCCUCAUUAAUUAGCAUGCUUAGAGAGUUCCCUCUUCCUAUCACAGUUAAGCAUUCACUUCUCAAUCACACAUACCAUACUCUCAGAUUGACAUUACCUGAAGACCCAGAAGCUAGACUAAUGAUAGCAAUACGGCCAGAUAGUAAUGCGCCAGAAGAAGCUGGUGUUCUUGAUAAAGUCGAAGGUCUGAAGGUUGCCUGUAAUGCUGUCACUACCGUUAUGGCAGAAUUGCAACUACCACAAAUGUCAGAGAUGGGACUACAAUGGUUGGUUCACCGCCAUGAUAAUGAGGAAGAAGAGAAUCUCAAACAGUAUAUAAAUCAUUUUAUCAUCACAUCAUUUAAAACCAGUAAAUCAAGGAAGCUGCUCACCGCAGGUGCUUAUCUUAAUUAUAUCGAAUACUUGCGGAGGUCGAGUGAAGCCGAGGAAAAGGUCUUCAAGCUUGUGAAUGAUGGCUUAGCUAAACAUUCAAACUCAUCCCAAUUACAUCUUUUGAAAUUGGAAUUACAACCUUCGAAAGAAGCAUAUAAAGAAGCUUUAAGGUUGUGUCCCACAACCUGGGAACUUUAUGAAGGUUAUCUAUUCUUUUCGCUUAACGAUGAUCCCGAAGGUGUCCUCAAGGUAUUUGAAACAUUGAUUGCUGAUUCACUACACGGUGCAGCUCUUAUCGAAGCAAAUGCAAAUGCGGUUAGCGAAGGCAAAUUAACGAUACAUGAUAAACUACUCCGCAGGUUUAUCGAGAUCAACUCAUCUCACAACAUCGUUCAACUUUCCCCACGUCAAUUAUUCCCGUCAUCAUUUGUCAUUUCACCGUCACCAGGAUUUUACGAGUAUAUUCUCUCCUCUGAUAUUGAAUUAAAUGAAAACCUUGUCGAUGAUUUAUAUAGAGCUUGGAGGGAACAUCCAUUCUCAGAUACUGUCGUAAUCACCCUGAAGACCAUAAAAUGGUUGUUAUCUAUCAAGAAGAACUCAACUGCUUUCAACUUGUUCAAUUCUGCUCUUACAGGUCUUACAGAUGUUCGAGACAAAGUACAACUUGAAAGUGGAUGGCAAGCUCUUUUGGGAGGCGAUAGCUCCAAUAAUCAGAGUGGCGAAGAUGUGGAUACAGCUAUGGAGGAAUAGAUAUUUUGUAUGUAUUCAUUAAUUUAUUAUAACAUGGAUAGACUUGCGUAAUUAUU